CUUAAAACUACGCUCCAGAGUUCUGUGUUCUGCGAUAUUUUCCAUCAACAACCCUAGCCGCAAGGGGGUCAUAAAACUCUGGUAAUCUCGCCGGGCAACUGCCAGAGAAAUCCGUAAACCUAGUAACCGCAAAUCCACUGCCAGUCGACGAUUAGAUAGCCCCCAGAAAUGGCCAAAGCACGGAACCUCUUGCUGCUCUCCUCCUCCAGGCUGCACGGUCACGGAUACUUGGAGCAUGCCCGUGGUCAGCUGGAGGAUCUCUUCAAGGGCGCCAAUGUGAAGACCGUGCUCUUCGUGCCCUACGCCCUGCGGGAUCAUGACAAGUACACUGCCACCGUGAGGGAUGCUCUAAAGCCGUGGGGCUACGCCGUCGAGGGACUCCACACGAAGCCGGACCGGGCCCAGGCCCUGAAGGAGGCCCAGGCCAUUUUCGUGGGCGGCGGCAACACCUUCGUCCUUCUCCGAACGCUCUACGAGCUGGAACUCCUGGAGCCCAUCCGGGAGCUGGUGCUGCGGGGCGGUCUGCCCUACGUGGGCAGUAGUGCCGGGACGAAUGUGGCCACCAGGUCCAUACACACCACCAACGACAUGCCGGUGGCGUAUCCGCCCAGCUUCGAGGCCCUGGCUCUGGUGCCGUUCAACAUUAAUCCGCACUACCUGGACCCGGAGGCCUCCACUCAGCACAAGGGCGAGACACGGGACGAAAGGAUCGAGGAGUUCGUGGCGUAUCAUGGCCUGCCAGUGCUGGGCCUGCGAGAGGGCACCAGUGUCCGGGUGGAGGGCGAGAAGGCCACGCUGCUGGGAGAUCGGAAUGCCAAGCUCUUCAAGGCUGGUGGAGGCUCUGAGGAACUCCCUCCCCAGGCCGACUUGAGCUUCCUGCUUCAGAAAUAAUCAGAAUAUACACUGAGGAAAACAUCUACACAUUUAUUGUACAUAUACACAUACAAGCUUAUUGUAUUAUUUUUGCAAUAACAACAAUUCCUAAUAAAACUACAAUAUAAUUCCUAAAAAAAA